AGACAUGGGAAAAAAACAGAAGUUAGCAGAAAUUCAUCAAGCCUUAAAUUGUGACCCGGUGGAUAUUGAGACGCUGAGGAGAGCAGCAGUCAGUAAAGGAGGUCUGCUCACAGAUGAAAUGAGGAGAAAAGUUUGGCCUAAACUACUGAACAUCAACGUUUUUGAUUUACCUCCUAAACCUGGCAAAGAUGUGAGGGAGAACCACAAAGACUGCAACCAAGUGCUACUUGACGUCAGGCGGUCUAUGAAGCGGUUUCCGAAAGGAAUGCCAGCUGCAGAGAGAGCAGUUCUUCAAGAGCAGCUCACUGACAUUAUAUUAGAUGUUUUGAAGCGUCAUCCUCAACUUCACUAUUACCAAGGUUACCAUGACGUAGCUGUCACUCUGCUCCUUGUGGUCGGAGAGAGGAUGGCCCUCGCUUUGCUCGACAAGCUCUCCAAUUUCCAUCUGAGGGACUUCAUGGAUCCCACAAUGGACAGUACAAAGCAUAUUUUAAACUAUCUGAUGCCUAUUUUAGAGCAAGUGGACACAGAGCUCCAUGAUUUUAUGAUAAGAGCGGAGGUGGGCACCAUAUUCGCCCUGUCCUGGCUGAUCACAUGGUACGGCCACGUCCUGCCCGAGUUCAAACACACCUUGAGACUCUACGACUUCUUCUUGGCCUCUCACCCACUGAUGCCCAUCUACCUCGCUGCUGCGAUCGUUUUGCACAGAGAGAAGGAAGUGAAGACCACCGAGUGUGACAUGGCCAUGGUCCACCACCUUCUGUCCCGUAUCCCCCAGGACCUCCCAUACGAGCUGCUCAUUGCUCGGGCACAAGAACUCUUUGACCACCACCCCCCGUCUGUUCUGGCCAAAAAGGCAGCUCUGCAGUCCAGAAAGAGUCUGUCCAUCAGCACCUUCCAGGAGUUCCAGCAAUCCACUCUGCACCAAAGACCAGACUCUGUCCUUCAGCGCCUCACUAAAAACCCAGGCUCCUUCUCCAGACACGCCCCUCCAAGCUCCAACACGGCUCUUCUGCCCCGGGACCCCUCCUCCGUGUGGGGGCAGGGCAACAGGGUGGUGAAGAUGGCAGUGUGGGGGCUUUCGGCGACACUCGGAGCUGCUGUGUUCGCUGUAGCUCAAACUGCAAUGGACUGGGGACCUGAGGUGUUACUACAACUGUUCUGACUGUUACGUGUUGUGACAAAUGUAUUUAAAAACACGCAAACAAAGUCUCCGGGCCAGUGCACAGGUGGUCCCACGCUCAGCUGCCAUACAGGUUGGUGCUACUUGUUGUGAAUAGGCUGCCUACUGGGGGGGCACUGCUGAUGUUUCCAGUACCUUAUUUUAAAGGACCUACAUUACACUAAAUUAACUCUUGAGAGCUUCCAGCCAUGUUACAAUGCUGUUAUCUCAUCAAAAACAUACAUGGAGCUGUGUUUUGUUUCAUUCAUACAUGUUUAAAUAACCCUUUAUUAUUAUUCUGUCUACAUCUCCAAAGCUCAAAAUGACAAGUAACAGCUACCUUUUACUUUUAUUUCAGAAGACACGGGUAAACUCAGGGCUGAAAUUAUCCAAAUAAUUCUCGUGAAGGUGUAUGUGAGUUUAGAAACACAGUGGAGCACUUCCUGUUUUCUCACAUGACAUUAUAAGGUGGAACAUGGUGGAGUGUUUUUCAUUUGAGAGAAGAACUCAAGCCUAAAUAUCCAUACACUCCGGGUAUGUUUUUGAUAAGGAAAUAUAUUUUAUAACAUAAAUCAGAAAAUACCAUAAUAUGGGCCCUUUAAUGUGUAGUUGGGAGUGUCUUAAGUACACUAUGUAACCUUUCUGUUGGGGAGAGGGUCUUUUUGUCUCCAUGGAGAUGUAAUGGCUUUGCUUUGAAUCUUCUACAGUACAGUACGGCAUUAACUAUCUAUCUUGCUUUUAAAAAUACAUGCAAAAAGACAUGCAUUCUUACUGUGAGUGGGGCCUCUUCUCCACAGUUUUGACAUGUAACUAGUGCUGUCAUAUGUUUGUUUCCAAGGAUAAAGCUACAAAAAAAAAAAAAAAAAAUGUUUAUGUUGUGAAAAUAGAAAAGAAUCCUUACAAAAUCCAACCUUUGUGAAAGUUGUCAAUGCCCUGUGAGCUGAAAACAGGCAGUCUGAAUUCCCAAAAAAUGCACUGUGCCUCUAUGGGAGAAUUAUUUCUGGGCCCAAGCUCCCGGGAGCUGCAGUACCUGGAGCGGCCAGUAGUUGGUCUCGAGCUACGAAAGACGAGGAAUGCCUUAACGAGUUUUUAUUAUAGAUCCAUGGCCAUACGAGCAACAUUAAUAUCUCCAUGGUGGCAAGAAGUAUCAAAAAAGUUAGCCUUGCUGCUCAUCCAUUUUUGGUUCUGUCUGCUUUUUAUUACUACUUUUAUGACUUUAAUUAUGACACAAAAAGCAAACUACACAAUAUAAUGAUAUAUCCUUUUGGACUGGUAAGGCCAAAUAUCUUUCUACCCUCACCAUCUGUAGGUGUACACUUCCUUCUGUCUCUAGCAAAAUGUAUUUUUUUCACAUUUUUGGCUGUGGACAUUAGACCUGUCAUGAUAAUUAUUAUAUCAACUUAUCAUUCAAUAUAUUAAAGUUGGAACAAUAUAUUUUGAAGCUCAAUAUUUAUCGUGGGUACAGUUUCUUUGUAAAAGUGGGGAGAUUUUGUGUAUUUUUGUUGUAAUAAGAGUUCAAUAACUAACUGUAAUAACCGCUCAGGCCUUUAGAAUGAUACUGUCUGUUUAAAGGUGUACUAUGUAACUUUUCUUGUUCUGCUUGUUUCUAUGAAUAUGUCAUUCCUCUGCCUAGAAUGUUCCACAGUAUGACAUUAAACAGCUCUGCCUUAGAUUUCUUAAAUUCGAGGUGGUUUUCUAUCUUAAAAAUACCAAGAAAAACUGUGAGCGGGGUUGCCUCUCCACAGAUCUGACCUGUAACUAGGCCUGGUUUGGUCCCCAAGUUGAUACAAAGGUUUAAUGCCAUACUGUGAAACAUUACAGACAAAGCAGUAACAUCUCCAUGGAGAAAAGCAUUUGACAGAAUCUCCACCAGAAAAGUUACACAAAAUGCACCUUUAAAUAUUGGUGUAGUGGGAUUAUUCUGCUUUAUUGUUACUGUGUCAGUGGCAUAAAGUAGCUUCCAUAUUAUCAUGUAUUGCAGUAUAUCUCAAAAUGUGUUAUGGUGACAGGCCCACUCAAAGCUAAUUAGACUCCAUUUUCCAUCUUCGGUGCUUAAUUUGUUGGCAGAUGAUUUUUCCUUUUACACACUAAACCUAAAAUAAUUAACUUCAAAUUUUGAUAGAAACCCAGCUUCUAACAGACCUAGCAUUUUGUCGACCAUUGCCGUUUUACAAGACCUGUAUUAUUUCUUUGUUAGCGGUUUUAUUUGGCUGAUAAUUCACGUUUGCAUGUGUUAUUUUUACAUUUCACUUUUGUGGGAUCAGGCGCCACAUCUCGGAGUCAAAAGUGCUCGUACAGCCAGCGCGAUGACACAUGAAUACAAAUUAUUUAAGAGCAGCGUUUUCUGCUGAAAGCCUGGAGUUAUAGUGAAGAAAAGCUUACAGAAAUGGGAGAGACCUUGCCUGCCAGCUAUGGGAAUUAAUUGCUUUAGGUGUCAGCAAGUUAUACUGCUAAAUACAGUUAGCAUGUGUGCGCCAAUGCUUAAUGAUCCCAAGCAGAUUUAUACUGUGUUGAAACCCUUAUUUAAAUUGUAGUUUUUGUUAUUUCUCUGUCUCUUUUCUUACACUUGUGGCUGAGUGAACACAGGCGUCACUUGUAGUUUUAUAUUGUUUAAAUAUUUAGUAGUUUUGCUCCACUGUAGCCCUGAACCCUCACCCUGAACAUGUAUGUCAACAAGCUGAGAGCAAGAGCGAAUUCAGUAGAUUGUGAAGAAGAGAAUUUUAAAAGGUGUACUAUGUAACUUUUUGGUUGGGGGGGUCCGUCAUUUGUUUGUUUCUUUGGAUAUGUCAUUGCUCUUCUUGGAAUAUUCCACAUUAUGACAUUAAGCAGCUCUACCUUACAUUUAUUCAAUUACAGGUGGUUUUAUAGCUUAAAAAUACCUAGAAAAACAGGCAUUUGACUGUGAACAGAGUCGCCACUCCACAGAUCUGACUUGUAACUCGGUCUGGCUUGGUCUCCAUGAUGAUAGAAAGGUUUAAUAUCAUAUUGUGAAACAUUUCAGACGAAGCAAUAACAUCUCCAUGAACAAAAACAUUUGACAGAUCCUCCACCAGAAAAGUUACACAAUGCACCUUUACUAGUAUUGUUAUCGAUUUGUACAUUUUAGGAAUAGACUGCCAGCUUCUGCUUAAGCUUUACUGCACUAAAAUUUGACGUCAGCCUAACCUGAUAGUGGUAUAUUAAUAAUACAGACACAUGCAUAUGUAAAAACACUGUGGUUUGUCUGGGCAGUAGCGACUCUGAAAUAUUUAGCAUUUUCCACUACAUCACUGCAUCUUUUAAUACAGCUUUAAAAUGUCACACUUUUCAGACCACUGCCUCAACAUGCAACUGAUGCUAAUGUCAGUCUUUCACUUAUGAACAUUUAUUUUUUAAGCGCAAUACUCACUAAAUUGGUUAAUACCAUAGACUGUAUAUAGAAAUGGAUUCGCUAGCCGCCGUGUUCCGAGUAGGAAGUGAACAUUGGCACACUUCUGGCUCCAUCGACUUCACAUAUAAAAAAUUAGCCACUCUACAUGAUCCUGCUGUUUUUAUUUCACAAUUUUGUCAGUAAAUAAAUUCCUUUUCCUAAUAUGUUACUCCAAAUUCACCCCUAUAACUGCAAGCCUCAAUGAGCUUCAUUUGACUGGACCUGAACGUUGUGACGUCACACUCACUUAGUUCACUUCUUUAUACAGUCUAUGGUCUACACAUAUAUAAUUAGAUUGUAUGAACCAUAUGAGCCAAUAAUAAGACAUGUUCUGGUCAGUUCAUGGAAGUAUUUCUCAUAUAAUCCUGGUUUCGGUGCUUGAAAAAUGGCUAUCAAAUGUAUGUAUAUUUGCAAUGUAUUAUUUAUUUGACUUUUAAAAUCAGGGUAAACUGUUUUUACCAACGCAUUCUUGCCUUUCUCUUUUAGGAGAGAGCUCAUUUUAAGUCGAGAAAUGUGUACAAUGAAUCCUAAUCUUAAUUGCAGGGAGAAACUUUAUACACGUUAUCUUUUGUUGCUUUUGCGGGCGUGCAGUUUUAGUUACAGAUACACAAUAGCCAUUAUAGCCAGUGGUGCGAGGGUUGCCAGAUCUUAAUGAGAAUUUAAUUUCAGCCCACGGCACUUGGUUUUGGACCUAUUUCUUGUGUAUUUUCUUUAUAUUUUCACUCUUACAUCUGCACCUGUCACAAACAUGAUUGAUGAAUGCAUUAAAAUGAUGGAAACCAAACUUUAUCAGAAUUGUUAAAAGCUUGUUGAUUGUUACUAAGCUUUAAUGUCACAAGACUGGUAAAAUAGAUUCACAUAAAAUUUUUACUUGAAGCAGAAUGUAGUCAAAAGUUAUAUUUGGAGAUUUGAAUUUUAACAUAUUAAAGGUGCACUAUGUAACUUUUUGGUUGGGGGUCCGUCACCUGGUUGUUUCUGUAGAUAUGCCAUUCUAUAGAUCUGUCUUGAAUGUUCUACCCAGGCUGGUGCCACCUAGUGCCUCCACUCAAUUUCAUUUCUCUCCAGCGACUAGGUCAGGAAUCGGAAUACACUAGACAGUUUGCAAGAACCCCGGAAGUUGUAGACCACACACCAGCCAAUCAGUGAAGAGCUGAACCAACCUGAGUUGUGAUAGCAGAUUGCAUAUGCUAAUACAAACUUUGCAUUUUUUAUUGCAGCAUUUACUUGGACAACACUGAGCGUUCCGGCGCAUUACAUACGUCUUGACCAAAUAGCAGCAAUUGGUUAAAUAAAAAAAGUACCUGCCUACCGUCGAGCGAAAAAAAAUCUAAUGCUGCAAGGAUGUAUCAGGCUAGGAAUGUUUCACAGUAUGACAUUAAGCAGCUUUACCUUGCAGUUACGAAAUUACGCUUGGUUUUAUAGUGCAAAAAUACCAAGAAAAACAGGCAUUCUGACUGUGAGUGGGGUCACCUCUCCGCAGAUCUGACCUGUAACUUGGUCUGGUUUGGUCUCCUUGAAGAUAGAAACAUAUACCAUAUACCAUAUACCAUAUUGGGAAGUAUUCCAGACACAAAAGUAACAUCUCCAUGGAAAAAAACAACAGACCCUCCACCAGAAAAGUUACACAGUGUACCUUUAAACAUCUUUGGCAUCAUUUUUUUUUUUUGUCUGUAAAUUGCAACUACUUGAUAGGAAGUCCUAUGUAUGUGAGGAGUUUGCCUUUCAGUGAACUCCCUCUGGGCUGCGAGGCUCUUGGGACAAACUCAGGUUCAAAUCCCCCAAAGACUGUAUCUCACCAAAUGCUUUUUAUAAAGAAAUGGGUUAAGGUCACUGGACAUUUAAUGCAUGUUUCAACGUAAAUGGCAGAUUGUGGUUUUAAACAUAUCAAGCUUUUUGCACUUUAAUGUUACGUGUGGAGAAAGAAAUUGUUAUUUUGUGAUCAAUAAAUGAAUUAAUUUAAAACUUUA